AUGGGUGUGCUCGCGUUACUCUUGAUCGGCCUUGUGGGUUCGGGGCUGGGUCAGAAUUGUAGGGAAGAGGAGCCACGGGAGAGGGAGUGCGAGAACGUGUGCAGGGGAGACGGAACAUGCAAGAUAAGGGCAGCGCUGCUGCUGCCCAAAAACACGACAUUCGAUGCGUCCCUGCCAGUUGUCGAGCCGGUGUUCGAGUUGGCAAUGCAGGACGAUGUGGUGCGUGAUGCGUUUCCUUCGUGGGUAGAUUUCGAAUGGAGGAGGUAUGACGUCAGCGACUGCGACGCCGCCUACGCCGUCAUCACGGCAAUAGAUGCGUACAACGACUGUUCUCACGUCUUCUUUGGGCCCUCGUGUGACUUCGCUCUAGCCUCCGUUGCACGAAUCACCAAGUUCCUCGGCAACACGGGCAUUCCGUUGGUCACGACCGGCGGUCUCACCUUCGAUUUUGUGCAGCCGAAGCAGAGCUGCCACCACGAAUACUACAUGAUGGUGCGCUCCGGCCCACUCGGGUUCAAGGACAUGGCAUACUUCAUCAUCGACAUCAUGAGGCAUUAUGACUGGCGACAACUACUGCUCAUCAACGAACCCGAGGCGCAAGUACAUGUCGCCGGCAAAUCCACCUGUCUUCUCAUGAUGAAAACUUUCGCCAAUUACUUGAAGAAAGAAGAUAUCAUAUACACACCGUGGGACACCACGUCCGACGGCGGCCUUAACUACACAGAAAAUUUGAAGUUCUACCUGGGAUACAAAUAUACAAGCAACAGUGGAGGGUUCUUAAUGGCGAGUACAAUUCACGAGUACAUGCUGUUAGAAGGCAUCGCGGUGUUCGGAAGGGAAAUGCAGCCUCAACAAACUUACGAGGACUUGCUAAUUCAAUAUGUCGGCAACAAUUUCGCCAACGACAAGAUUGGAGAAGCCAAGCGA